AAAAAAUCUGACAUAGCUUCAUCCCUUAACCAAUCCCUUUCUUUCUCCCCAAAACAUUUCCUAAACGAAGAAAUUUGUCCCUUUUCCUCCUCCCAUGCAGUGCUUUGCCCAUUGCCUUCCCUCAACUAUAUAUAUAGAUUGCCCAUUUUGAAGGAGACUUAUUGCUCAGCUCAUCUCUUGAGAAAUACUCCUAACUCUCCAUUUUCGCCUCCCGACCGUCUUUACCAGGCGAUAAAAGAUAUGUCGUCUCCUUCCCCGUCUCUUAAGAGGUCGGAUUCGAUCGCUGAUAACAUGCCUGACGCGGUGAAAUCCAGCCGUUAUUACACCAGGAAAUGCUUCACGAGCUUUGUGGCGAUGGGGAAGAGGCUGAUGAAACGACAACACAUCCUGGACGAAGUGAAGAAGACCAUCGAAGAUGAGCUCGAAAGAGACAAAGUCCUUGAAGGCCAGCUUGGGUUCAUCCUCGCUUCCACUCAGGAGGCAGCCGUGGUCCCACCACAUGUAGCGCUAGCAGUAAGGCCCAGCCCUGGCAUAUGGGAGUACGUAAAAGUGAAAUCCGACACUCUCGAAGUGACCGGGAUCGCUAUCAAGGAGUAUUUGAAGUUCAAGGAGAUGAUAUUCGACGAGAACUGGGCGAAGGACGAUUAUGCCCUGGAGAUAGAUUUCGAAGCCGUGGACUUCACGACCCCUCGCAUGGCACUUCCUUCCUCGAUUGGGAAUGGACUUGGCUUCAUCACGAAGACAAUCACCUCGAGGAUCGGGAGGAAGUCUAAUCACAAUGCGAAGCCUUUGGUGGACUUCCUACUGUCACUUAACUAUCAAGGAGAGAAUCUUAUGAUAAAUGAGAACUUGAACACGGUCGCAAAGCUUCAAGCGGCAUUAAUAGCAGCUGAAGUGUUCGUCUCUGUGUUCCCUAAAGAGACACCUUACCAGAACUUCGAGACAAGGAUAAAGGAGUUGGGGUUUGAAAGGGGCUGGGGAGACACCGCCGAGAGAGUGAUCGAGACGAUGCACAUGCUCUCAGAGCUUCUCCAAGCUCCUGAUCCCCAGAAAAUGGAAUCCUUCAUUAGCAGACUCCCGAUAAUCUUCAAUGUGGUGAUUUUCUCUCCUCAUGGAUACUUCGGACAGGCAGAUGUCCUAGGAUUGCCCGAUACCGGUGGUCAGGUUGUUUACAUUCUCGAUCAAGUAAGAGCCCUAGAGGAGGAAAUGCUCCUGAGGAUCAAAAAACAAGGUCUCGCUGUGAAGCCUAACAUAGUCGUGGUCACGCGAUUGAUACCAGAUGCUAGAGGGACGAAGUGCAACCAAGAAUUGGAGCCAAUAUUGGACUCCAAGCACUCUUACAUCCUCCGUGUCCCUUUCCGAACACAGAGAGGGGUUCUCCGACAGUGGGUUUCCCGCUUUGAUAUCUACCCGUACUUGGAGAGAUAUGCUCAGGAUGCUGCUGACAAGAUCAUGGAACACAUGAUAUGCAAGCCUGAUCUCGUGAUUGGGAACUACUCUGAUGGAAACCUCGUGGCAUCUCUGAUGGCGAGCAAGCUCGGGAUUACUCAGGGAACCAUAGCUCACGCCCUAGAGAAGACAAAGUACGAGGACUCCGAUGCUAAGUGGAAGGAACUUGACCCGAAGUACCAUUUCUCAUGCCAAUUUACUGCUGAUCUGAUUGCGAUGAACGCCGCGGAUUUCAUCAUCACAAGCACGUACCAAGAAAUUGCCGGAAGCAAAAAUAGGCCAGGACAGUACGAGAGUCAUACCGCUUUUACCAUGCCUGGGCUAUGUCGGGUAGUUUCGGGCAUCAAUGUGUUUGAGCCAAAGUUCAAUAUCGCUUCCCCGGGUGCUGACCAGUCUGUCUACUUCCCGUAUACGGAGAAAGAGAAGAGGCUCACUUCUUUCCAUCCUGCCAUCGAAGAGCUUCUGUAUAACAAGGAGGACAACAAUGAACACAUGGGAUUUCUAGAGGACCGAAAAAAGCCUAUAAUCUUCUCAAUGGCAAGGCUCGAUACAGUGAAGAACAUCUCAGGCCUGACAGAGUGGUAUGCGAAGAAUAAGAGGCUAAGGAACUUGGUCAAUCUUGUGGUGGUGGCGGGAUUCUUCGACCCGUCAAAGUCGAAGGACCGGGAAGAAAUCGCAGAGAUCAAGAAGAUGCAUUCCUUGAUAGAGAAAUACCAACUGAAAGGACAGUUCCGGUGGAUUGCAGCUCAAACGGAUCGGUACCGGAACGGAGAGCUUUACCGGUGCAUCGCAGACACUAAAGGGGCUUUCGUGCAACCCGCGCUUUAUGAAGCUUUUGGGCUGACAGUCAUUGAAGCAAUGAACUGUGGGUUGCCCACUUUCGCAACCAAUCAGGGUGGACCAGCAGAGAUCAUUGUGGAUGGGGUUUCCGGUUUCCACAUCGACCCAAACAAUGGGGAUGAGUCUAGCAAUAAGAUUGCAGAUUUCUUCGAGAAGUGCAGGAAGGAGCCUGAGCAUUGGAGGAAGAUCUCAAACGGAGGCCUACAACGGAUUUACGAGUGCUACACAUGGAAGAUUUAUGCAAACAAGGUCCUAAGCAUGGGAUCGGUUUACGGAUUCUGGAGGCAGAUGAAUAAGGAGCAGAAGAUUGCCAAGCAGAGAUACAUUGAAAUGUUGUACAGUCUGCAGUUCAGAAACUUGGCAAAGAAUGUUCCAAUCCAGGUCGAGGAACCCCAAGAGGAAUUGCCUCCGGAGCCAAGUAACGGUAAGAAAAAGCUGCCAGUACCAAAGAUAGAGACUGCACCCAAAGAACCGACACCGAAACCUGUAACUGCAGGACCUUCGACCCCAAGGGUCGAUGGGUCGGAAAGACGACUUUUCAAGGGUAGAGGUGACGGGGAAAGAGUGCUCUGCCCAUGGAACUGGUGUUGCUUUACGAUCACGUCCCUCUUGAUCAUUUACUACGUCUUCAUGAAGCUCUACCGCCAAAUGUUCUGAAGGGCGUGACAGACUUCCGCCCCGUGACAACGUAAACUGCAUAGAAUUUAAAGGAUCAUUCUGAUGCUGUCAUUGUAAAUGAGUUAAUAAAAGACAGAUGUAUUUUAUCUUUCCAAUGGAAAAAUAAUCGGUCGAUUUCCUACCCGACCAACUCAUGUUCAUGAUCUCGGCUACUGAAGGUCGAUGACAUGGCCUCGGCUCUUGUAGUAAAAGCGGAGGAUGGAUCGGGUGCA